AUGUGACGUUCCCAACCGUUAUCAAGCUGUCCGUUGCGUCCAGAUUCAAGCAUCUGCAACUCAUGGACCGGAAAAUCACUUCUGAUAUUGACAAGGUCGAAGCGGCCUUGUUAGAAUAGCAAUUCGAACCCCUGAACCAAGACCAUUGGAAAAGAGAGGAUCGUGGCGCAUGCCAUGCCGCCCAAGCGACGUCCCUAUGUUCCAAAGACAAAAGGCUGCCAUGAAUGCUCACAGAGACGGAUACACUGUGACCGCGCCGAGCCUGAGUGCAAGAAAUGCACGCAGAAAGGGCUGAAAUGCAGUGGCCUGGGGAUUAGGCAUCGCUUCAACGAUGGAGUUGCAGCAAGAGGCAAGUGGGUCGGAAAGACCAUGGAGCGGGUUUAUCAAGAGAAAGAAGCAAAGCUCAAAGGUGUUGCUGCAGAUCCACUAAAGAGAUCGCAAUGCGCGUCUGAUAUCUUGGUAACGGAGUCACUACAAACAUUCCCCGAUGACCACGCGGUAUUCGCAGGGUCAGGUUGGGAAUUGAUAGAAUCAACUGCAUCGGCAUUUGGGUUCGAAUCCUUCGAAGCCCCCGAUUCGAUGUUGAGAAACAAUGACGAGGAAAUCUUCUCUUUGAGCGGCACCGUCCUAUUUCAGCCAGUUCCAGAAAAGAUCUCUCGGGAACAGCGGAACCUGCUUUUAUAUUUUUCUCAACACAUCGCCAUUGAGAUGAUUGCAUUUGACGGUCUUCACAAUGGCUGGCGUCACUUGAUCCUCCCGUUGGCUUAUCGCGAUGAUCUUGUUAGGAAUGCCGUCCUCGCCACGGCUGCUGCUCACCAAUGCGUUGGCCAAUUAUCUCAUGACAGACUACACACCAACAGGUACACGCUUUGGCACCCAAAAUCCAGCCAAAUGUACGCCCGCGCCAUUCGAGGCCUCCAAGAACGGCAGGAAUUUGUACAUGGCGACCAGUUAAGCAAGUACUCGAUUUUAGUCACCAUUCUGGUUCUCUUGACAGCGGUCAUGGUAACAGGCUGUUCCGACUUUCCUGUUUUGUUCCGGAUGCUUGAGUCUGCAGUCAACGCAAUGGGCGGAAAAUACGGGCUUGGUGAGGGGGAGUUGACCGAGUUCAUAAUGAGACAGGUUCACAAAAUGCGAGUCUAUGCGGCGCCGCUUCUUUGCGAACAAACUGGUGUGGAGAUAAUUUCUUCCGAACGACAGACUGCUCAACUUCUUGACUGCUUGAACUAUUCUACCCAGCAGUACCCAGAACAAGCCUUGGUUUUAUCGAACGUGUCGAACAUGGUGGAGCAAGCCCGCGAUAUAUAUCUGCAGCAAGUCUUCCUUGAUCCUCAGUGCUCGUCUUCUUUGAAUACGGCGGCAGGUAUCAACUCUAUCCGACGGGUGCAGCGAUUCAAAGAGUGCCUGCAAGCCUUCCCCCCUGGGUCUCCCGCAGAGAGUGUCUUGAUUUGGGCCACGUUUGUGGCAGCGUCAGAUUGCCUGCUGGACGAGCACAAGGUGUUCUUCGAAGAUGUCCUGAUGCGACAAUUUUAUCGCAAUGGGUUCGGAAAUGUCUUGAAAGGGGUCGAAUUACUCCGGCAGAUUUGGAGAAGGAGGUCGGGGGAGAGAUGGACCUCAUUAUUACCCGAGGCUAAGGUGUUUGUGAUGUGAGGAGGAUGGGGACGUUGGAUUAUUUUUUGGAGUAUUCAGGGCAUGAGCAUGCAUAGAACCUAAUUUACCUUGCUGUGUGAU